AACAACAAUCAAAAUGUAUUCGAGGCCUAAACCGGGUGAAACGGAGGAAGAUUUGCUGAGACAACAAAAAGAAUACUUCGAAAAGAAGGCAGCAAAUUCAAUUAAACCGGCCGCAAAGUUUGUCAGCGAAAAAAAAGCUGAAGAAGAAUCCACCGAAAAUCCUGUAGAAGUUGAUAUACAAGAACAACUGGCUAACACUUUUGAAGCCAUACCAACAAACAUUAACUUGGGCCAAAUUGUAGAAAAUAAAACUGAAAACCAACCAGUCUCUUUAUUUAAAUUUAACAGGUCCACAGGUUUUCCUCAAGCUAAAAGAAGAGAUCCUGCAGUUAAUCCAAAAAAGGGCAGUAUAUUCUCACAUCAAAUUAAAAAACUAAGGCAAAAUGAUGAACCCAUGGAUAUUGAUAGUAAUGUUAAUGAAGAAAGAACAUUUGAAGCCAAAGAUGUAAUAAAAUUGCCUGAACAAAGUUACAUUUUACAAGGCCAAGAGAGCAGGCAAAUCCAUGAAGAAAACUUGAGACUUUUAUCAGGAAUGUCACAAGAAGAAAUAAUUAAGGAAAGGCAGAAACUUAUUGAAACAAUGGACCCAGCAAUAAUUGCCUAUCUGAAAUCAAAAAGGGCAAAACAAAAAGUAGAAACCAGGAAUCCAUCAAUAAAAGAACAGAAUGAAGCUGCAGAUGUUGAUAUUGAAGAAAUUGAAACACCAGCAGAAUUGUUAAAACAACCCAAAGCUGAGAAGUGGUUGAAUUUUGAUGUUGUUGAGUCCAAUAAACUAGCAUGGAUGAAAAAUGUGGUUGUGCCCAAAAUUGAAAAGGAUAAACAAUAUGAAGCCAGGUUUGAUUUUGAGGGUUGGCUUUUGCCUUAUGCUGAACCUGAAAUAAAUGAAAAGAACAGAAUUUUGUAUCACCAUGGUGAAGAACCAGGAAGACCAGGAUAUACACUUCAAGAACUAUUCCAAUUAGCCAGGUCCAGCGUUGUACAACAAAAAAUAAUAGCCCUAAAUUCAAUAGCGAACAUUCUCUCCUUACAGUCAACAGGAAUCUACAAUAAUAUAAUAGACAUACCCAUAGAACAAGUAUUUUUCGUCCUGAGAAUUUGUUUAGAUGAAAACACACCUUCAGUUUUGAUUGGCAGUAUUAAAGCUUUAAGAAAUUUAAUCUACUAUCAGAUUGAUGAGACUUGUUUGGACGGUUUGCUUGGUUUUGGUUUGGGGCACAUACAACCCAUUUUGGCUAUUGAUAAUGAUCCUGAGGAUGAUAAUACUGUAAAUGAUCAACAGUUAGCUGAAACCAAUUUGGUUAAGUGUGUUGCCAGAACAGAUAUUCUCAUCAGAAUUAGGUAUAUUCUAAACACUGUAAAACCCGCCUUGGAAUGUGUGGUAUACUGUUUGGAAACGUUAGUACGCUUGGCAAGGGAUUCACAAUUUUUAUUCAACAAAAUCAUUUCAUGUGAAGGAUUAAUAGACAAUAUUGUAUUAAAUUUUUUGCCAGAAACACACAACGCGAAGAUGACCAACGAUUCUUGUUAUGGAUUUCCUUUGUUACAAGCUGUUAAACUGCUAAGAAUUUUAUCUUGCAGAAGUAGAAAUUUUGCAGAAAAAUUAAUAAACAAAUAUAAAGUCAUGAACUCAAUAAUAAUUUACAUUUCAAAUGAUAAUUAUUCGUUAAAUGCAAAUGGUAUGCGUUUGCAAACUGAAUGUAUGCAUUUUUGGACUGUUUUACUCAAAUACAAUCUGGCUUUGGAUUAUUUUAGUGUUCUGGAACCCGUUUUGUUGAAGUUACUGACGUACCAUUUACAAAAUACUAACGUCGAUAACAAAACAACGUUUGUCAGAAACGGAAAUGUUUCUGCGUUUUUUAAUCUACUAGGAAAUGUUGCGCAAAAUCAAUUUGUUCAUAUCCAACCCUUUAUUGUGCUGAUUCUUGAAUGCUUAUCAAAAUGGGGCGCUCAAUUUACACAAUUAUCAGAGUUUUCUUGUGGGAAAUUGCAAAUUAUAUCUUCUGUAUUAAAUACUGUCGCUUCUCUACGAAAGUCACACCCAGGUUUAAAUCCACAUUAUAUAAAAGCAGACGAAGUUAUUUUAACCAUGAUUAAUUCCUCGGGAUUUUCAACAGUCACCGAAUUUAUUACAAACGGCUCAAUGUUACUGAACAAUUUUGAGACGUAUAAACCUAGCAGCAACUUGAAAACGAUCGAAGGGGCAGCUUGGGACAAUGCGGAACAUGUGGUGCCAGUAAUGCAGACCAAAAGUUGCAUUCCCUUCUUGUUUAAUCUGUCAGAAUACAUAAAAGUAACACAGAAUUGCGACUUAAAACUGACGUUUUUGAAACACAGCAAUGUCGAUAAAUAUUUAAGUGCGCUGAAGAAGUUGGAUCAAUUUUAUUUGACUGGAAACUGGUUUACAAGACCUGAAAGCUUUUUUGUUAUGAAUCUUUUGAAAAUCUCAGUUGAAGUACAAAAAGAUUUAGAUACUUCCACGUUUUACGAAUUGGCUGUUAAAUGUUUGUGCGCUUUUAAUUCGGAACAGAAGCGAGACAUUGAAUUUGUGCUCAGAAAUAUUAUAUUUUGUCCCAGUUUUUAUCCCAGUGAAGUGUUGAUGAAAAAUUUGGACAUAAAUCAAAGGUCCGAUAGUUUGGAAGUCUCCUUGAAUAAUUUGGACGAGAUUUUGAAUGUGUACACCCAAGUUUUAGGCCUUGAAAAUAACAUUCCAUGCUUUACCACAAAUCAAUGCAUAGACGUCAGUAUAGGAAGUGUCAUCCCAAUUGAUUGGAUUUACACCCCAAUAAUACUGUUGUACUCCAACCAACAGCAGAAUAAGAGUGCGAAAGAAAAAGAGCAGAUUUACGUCAUUAGAAAUUGUUUAAGGUGGAUUUUAAUUUAUGAGACGUAUUUUCCAGCUUUAGCGGCUUCAAUUAAUCCCACAGACAGAUUCUGUAGAUUAGCUUGUGUAUUUCUAGGCAGUGAUAGUUUGUUUCUAUGUGAAGAAAUACAUACGUUACUAGAAGUUUGUUUUAAGAACGUUAUAAAGUUUGAGAAAGACUUAAACUUUAAUAAAGAGAUACAAGGUUUGAGUAAUUUCCAAGAUUUUUAUACGCAAUUACUAGAACAGUAUCAAGGAGUGAGUUAUGGUGACUGUUUGUUUGGUAAUAUUAUAUUAGUACCUUUAGCACAGAAACAUUUGAAACAAUUCAAAAAAACUUUGUGGUCUGAAUACAUGGGAGCUGUCCAAAUAUUCAACGUGACUCCAGAGAAGUUGAUUUCUUCCAUGGAAAUGUAUUUAGAACCUCCAGAAGAAGAUAUGUCGUUGCUUAAGUCGUACCAAGCUGCACUGAUCAGUAACAGUGUGAGGAAAAAUACUGUAUUGUAUGAAAUUGCCUCAAAACAUGUUAAUGAAUUUAUUAAAAGAAUAAAAAAAUAGUUUGAUUAA